AUGUGUGUGAAUCGUAAGUAUCCUCAUCUCAGUGUGCCACAUCAUCCUGUAUCUCGAUGGGAUCCAAAGGCGGCUUCAUUGAAAAUAAUUUCAUUGUCUUUUCCAGAUCUUUGUGCACGUCUUUUUUAUGGAAAUAGUGUCACUUGUAAUUUCAAGUGUUACUCAACCCAAACAUCAUCAGGAGCUGGAUCAUCUUCGUGUCAUGUUCCACUACUUGAGAUUACGGGCACCUUUUUUGUUGAAAUAAAUGAUGAUGAUGACAUUUCUCAUCAUGCUAGUGAGCCUUUUUGUGAGCCGCCACCUUCUGCUACUUCACCCUCUGGUAACCCCAACAAAAUGGCUAAGCUCUCGACUUCUAGAGCUCCUAGUGACUCACCUGAUGAAACUUCUAUUACUACUAGUGACGAUUUAGCAUUUGAAAUGAAAAAAGCUCUACAACAUUUGACUAAAGGGUAUACAAUUCCUCAAUGUUUAGAGAAGUUAAAGUUCUUUAGUUAG